AAAUACAAUUGAUUCCGAAAUUUACUAUCUCUUCCACGUAGCAUCGAUCGUUCUCUCUUUUUCCAGCAAUAGAGAUCACCCACAAGGCCAAGUGAAAGAAAAUCCCUCUCAACUCUCUACUUUUCGCCUCAGAAUUUUGAUUUUUGUGUUAUUCAAGGGAUAGUUUAAGCAUGAAGGUUGGGAGUUAUGAAAUGGAUGAAUCAGAAUCAGAUGAAGAAGAUGAGAUGUGUUUUGAGUAUGACAAAUUCUGUUAUGAAGGUUUAUCUUUUUCGGAUUUUCGAACUAGUCGUAUGAUGAGAGUAAAUACUGAUGAAGAAAUAACGAAGAGCUACGAAGAAUUGGGGAAUCGCACUCAGGGAUUGGAAGAAGCAAAGAGAAAAAUCUCGAGUUACACGCCUGGAUCAUGGAUUGAAAAGGUUGAUAGCAUGAAAUUAAGUGACUAUGAUGUGCCUCGAACCACAUCUCUCAUGUUGGUUGGUCCAAAGGGAUCUGGAAAAACUAGCCUUAUCAAUAGAAUUUCAAAGGUGUUUGAAGAUGACAAGUUUGCACCCGAAAGAGCCCAAGUAUCAUAUAAGGAUACUGUUGAAGAACCAAAUCAUUCUUAUGUUGGAGAUGGAACUCUCUUCCUUCACAAGUAUAUGAUUCCAAGAGAAUCAUCGUCUUUUUGUUUAUACGACACUCGUAGUUUAUCUGAUUAUUCACAUGAAAACAUUAUAACGCUAGAGCAUUGGAUGACUAAGGGUGUUCGUCAUGGGGAGCUUGUUAUGAGGGAAUCAGAUAGCCAAAAUUUGAGAACCAGAAUGAAGCUUAAAGCUUUCAAGAAAGGCUGCAUGUCCAGUGAGAAGAACAAGGUUAAUUUUGUUAUAUUUGUUGUUAAUGGGCAUUCGGUUCUGAAAGCAAUGCGUUCCAAAGGUGAAGAUACACAUUAUGUCAAACUGAUUGCAUCUGCAUUCAAUUGCCCAUUUGUGUCAUUCAGAGAUGACAGACCACUUCUUGUUGUCACUCAUGGUGAUCUGCUUGGAAUCUUUGAACGUGUUUAUAUUCGCUUGUAUUUGGGAAAGAUACUAGGUAUUUCACCUACAAAACAAAUAUUUGAUAUCCCAGCAGCAGAUACACCUGAUCCGGAAACUGAUGUGCUGAUAGUGGACAUGUUACGCUCGGCGCUUGAGCAGGCUGACAAAAAUCUUCCUCCAAAGACGUUUAUGAACAAGGUUCUUUCUCCAUUUCAAUCAUCAACCAUGCGCUUGCUAAUGGUGGUACUUGUUGUAAUUGCUAUCCUUUUCGCAAUGGUGUUUCGUGGGCAUAUUCUUCAGAUCUUUGGGCUUCGACCAAAUUUUCAUGAAGUUUGGCCGAAACAGGACAUACAAUGGCAUAAGAUUCGACACUUGUGGCUAGAUGAUCUUCAUUAGAAAAGUCUAUAUAUCUGUAUAUAAAUAUGGGAUCUAGAUGUAUAUAUCUAGAACAAUUAGUCAGCAUCUUACUUUUUUUUUUCUAGUAAUAUGUUUGUGCCCCCUCAGUCUUGACAUUGUCUUCAAAUGUCAUUAAAUGGCAAAAUUAGUCUUCUUUUAA